GGAUUCAGCAAUAGAAGUGGAAGAAGUUCGUACUCCAGAUGUCUCGAUUCACAAAAUAAAAAGGAAAGUGAAGAAGUUCUACUACGAAAUUCGAGCUACGUUGUCGCGGUUCAUCUGUAAAAUAUGUGGAUAUGUGCUUUAUAAGGUGUUUCGCCGCCUGAUGACUCGUUUGCUCGUUUGUCCACAACAGAUGGAGCGACUUGUUGAAGCUGAAAAGACUGGAAUCCCACUUGUAUAUCUGCCUCUACAUCGUUCUCAUCUUGAUUACCUGCUUAUAACUUGGGCCUCGUGGCAUUUUGGCCUUCGUCUGCCACACAUAGCGUCAGGAGACAACUUGAACUUGAGCGGGCUUGGAUGGCUUCUUCGCGCAACUGGUGCGUUCUUCAUUCACCGAAGGGUUGAUGAGCAUGAUGAAACUGGCAAGGACGCGAUCUACAGAGCCGUUCUUCACUCUUACAUAGAGCAAGUCUUGAAGAAAGGGAUGUGCAUAGAGUUCUUCUUGGAAGGCACUAGGAGUCGAUUCGGCAAACCAUUGUUACCAAAACACGGUCUCAUAUCAAAUGUCGUUACUGCCGUGCAGGAAAAAGUAAUUCCUGAUUGCUAUCUUGUGCCCGUUUCCUAUACUUAUGACAAUGUUGCCGAAGGAGUAUUUCUUGAUGAGCUGAUGGGUAUUCCAAAGGUACGCUGCGGUCAUAUUAAAUAUUAUCAAAACGUGCUUGGUAUUCGACGACUUCAGAAACGCGAAAGUGUCAUCGGCGUCAUUACUGGAAUAUUCAGAAGUUUUGGC